CCCAAAAAGCAAAGUUAAGCAGGCUGGGGACAAGGAAGGGUCAGGGAAGCUUCCUGGAGGAAGAAACAGUUGUCAGUCAGAAAUGAAUGGCAGGCUCCUGGAGUGAAGGCCUCCUGAGUCAUCCUUUCCUGCCCCUGCCUAACCACAGGGUGACUGGCAGAGCCAUUUGGUUGCGUACGUCAUGGGGCAGACUCCGGAAGCUCAAUGUGCGGCUGCUGUGGGCAGGAUCAUUUGUCUUUGGGAAAAGUGGUUCAGGGAGGCUGGCCACAGAGGUCAAAGGCCUCUCAAUGCUGGCCCCUAUCUACCAGGAUUCAGAAAAUCACCCCCCACCCCACGACCAGGGCAUCUUUGGCUGUGCCUGGGGUUCACAGGGGCAUGGAGGCCGAAGCACUUCCCAGAGGUCACAUCCAGGUUGGGGGGCCCAGGAGUGGCCUGUGUCCCAGGAGGGGAGGUAGCCACAGGUCUCCCAGCCCCCUGUGCUCCGGGAGCGAAGGUACCAGGGGCCUCGUUAGCUGCAGCUUCAAAGAGCCUCGUGAUUAACAAAAGUGUGCUGCGAAUCCUUUCUCUUCCUCCUUCUCUCCUUAAGGCAGGCUCCCGAAUGAAAAGGAAAAUAUACAAUGAGAGGCACUAAGGAAACCUCAGAGGAAAGCCAGGCGUCUGCAAAGAUGGGGAAGGAAUGACAUUCCACUCUCAUGUGAGGUAAGGAAGCAGGCAGUGGGCGAGAAGAUGGAUUCCUUUUUGGAAAGACAAGACCAGGGGGUGAAGCGGGAAUAACUCAUCCUCCCUACCUUCCCAGCAAGGAAACCUCUACAAACAGGAGCAGCCAAGCGGGACUGAGGCCCUCGCCCCCCAAGCAUCUUCCCAAAGAAGGGCAUGUGGGGGCCUGACAGCUCAGCUGUACGUGUCAGCAGCUCCAGCCCCACCGUGAACAUCUGAACUCCUCAGCGGGGUAAUGGACCCCUCCUUCCCCCCGGAGAUGCAGCCUGAGUGACAGGAAUACGGAGCCUUUGGAGAGUGGCUCCCUCUCAGCUCUGUCAUGCAAGAACGCUCUGUGCACCCAGCCCAUUCUGCCAAGUGACUUAAAGGGAUUUUAAAAAAAAGCCUUGGUAAACCAAAAGGGGGUAAAAGCCAAAAGCCACGCAGAGGCCUUUCAGAAGAGGUGGCGGCCUGCAGACAAAAGGGCAAGAGUUGAAAAGGGCCGUGGAGGUAGCAAGCAGCAGAGGCCACCCUGCUCGGGGCUGGGUGCCAGGCCACAGGGCAUGCCCGACGAACGGGGAGUCGGAACCCCCUCAGGCCACCCUCAGGAGUCCUGGGGCCCAGAGGGGUGUCCCUGUACCCCCUGUGCGCAGGACCCUCACUCUGCAGGGAGAAGCCAGCUGCGCCCGCGGCCUAGGGUGCCAAGGAUGCUGCUGACCGUGGCCCGCAGCCUCAUCUGAACGCCAGGAGACCAGAAGACUGAGGCACCGGAUCCCCUCUCUGUGCCCUGGGGUGCCCCAGCACUGCCCCGUCACCCCGGGUCUGAGGUCUGUGUCCCUAGUGGUGCAAGGCCUGGUAGGACCACGGGGCCGGGAAUGUGAGCGCCAUCUGAGCUCACGGUGUCCCGAGUUGCGGCUUCGUGACUUUGGCGUGGGCCUUCAGACCAGCAACUCGUCGGACCCAGAGGGCUCCUGGGCUGCAGCGACGAAGGAGGUAUUCAGGCUCCAGGCCAGGUGGGGCUGGACACCCCCAGCCAUCCACCAUGGUGGUGGCACACCCCACCGCCACCACCACCACCACAACCACUGCCACUGUCACAGCCACCGUCGUGAUGACCACGGCCACCAUGGACCUGCGGGACUGGCUGUUCCUCUGCUACGGGCUCAUCGCCUUCCUGACGGAGGUCAUCGACAGCACCACCUGCCCCUCGGUGUGCCGCUGUGACAACGGCUUCAUCUACUGCAACGACCGGGGACUCACCUCCAUCCCCGCAGACAUCCCUGAUGACGCCACCACCCUCUACCUGCAGAACAACCAGAUCAACAACGCCGGCAUCCCCCAGGACCUCAAGACCAAGGUCAACGUGCAGGUCAUCUACCUGUACGAGAAUGACCUGGACGAGUUCCCCAUCAACCUGCCCCGCUCCCUCCGGGAGCUGCACCUGCAGGACAACAACGUGCGCACCAUCGCCAGGGACUCGCUGGCCCGCAUCCCGCUGCUGGAGAAGCUGCACCUGGAUGACAACUCUGUGUCCACCGUCAGCAUUGAGGAGGACGCCUUCGCCGACAGCAAACAGCUCAAGCUGCUCUUCCUGAGCCGGAAUCACCUGAGUAGCAUCCCCUCGGGGCUGCCACACACGCUGGAGGAGCUGCGACUGGACGACAACCGCAUCUCCACCAUCCCGCUGCAUGCCUUCAAGGGCCUCAACAGCCUGCGGCGCCUGGUGCUGGACGGUAACCUGCUGGCCAACCAGCGCAUCGCGGAUGAUACCUUCAGCCGCCUACAGAACCUCACAGAGCUCUCGCUGGUGCGCAACUCGCUGGCCGCACCACCCCUCAACCUGCCCAGCGCCCACCUGCAGAAGCUCUACCUGCAGGACAACGCCAUCAGCCACAUCCCCUACAACACGCUGGCCAAGAUGCGUGAGCUGGAGCGGCUGGACCUGUCCAACAACAACCUGACCACGCUGCCCCGUGGCCUGUUCGACGACCUGGGGAACCUGGCCCAGCUACUGCUUAGGAACAACCCCUGGUUCUGUGGCUGCAACCUCAUGUGGCUGCGGGACUGGGUGAAGGCACGGGCGGCCGUGGUCAACGUGCGGGGCCUCAUGUGCCAGGGCCCUGAGAAGGUCCGGGGCAUGGCCAUCAAGGACAUCACUAGCGAGAUGGACGAGUGUUUUGAGACGGGGUCGCAGGGUGGCGUGGCCAACGCGGCUGCCAAGACCACGGCCAGCAACCACGCCUCCGCCACCACACCCCAGGGUUCCCUGUUUACCCUCAAGGCCAAAAGGCCAGGGCUGCGCAUCCCCGACUCCAACAUUGACUACCCUAUGGCGACGGGUGAUGGUGCCAAGACCCUGGCCAUCCACGUGAAGGCCCUGACAGCAGACUCCAUCCGCAUCACGUGGAAGGCCACGCUCCCCGCCUCCUCCUUCCGGCUCAGCUGGCUGCGCCUGGGCCACAGCCCGGCCGUGGGCUCCAUCACAGAGACCUUGGUGCAGGGGGACAAGACAGAGUACCUGCUGACGGCCCUGGAGCCCAAGUCCACCUACAUCAUCUGCAUGGUCACCAUGGAGACCAGUAAUGCCUAUGUAGCUGACGAGACACCCGUGUGUGCCAAGGCAGAGACGGCUGACAGCUACGGCCCUACCACCACGCUCAACCAGGAGGAGAAUGCCGGCCCCAUGGCGGGCCUGCCCCUGGCGGGCAUCAUCGGUGGGGCCGUGGCUCUGGUCUUCCUUUCCCUGGUCCUGGGGGCCAUCUGCUGGUACGUGCACCAAGCUGGCGAACUGCUGACCCGGGAGAGGGCCUACAACCGGGGCAGCAGGAAAAAGGAUGACUAUAUGGAGUCGGGGACCAAGAAGGACAACUCCAUCCUGGAAAUCCGUGGGCCCGGCCUGCAGAUGCUGCCCAUCAACCCGUACCGCGCCAAAGAGGAGUACGUGGUCCACACCAUCUUCCCCUCCAACGGCAGCAGCCUCUGCAAGGCCACGCACACCAUUGGCUACGGCACCACGCGGGGCUACCGGGACGGUGGCAUCCCCGACAUAGACUACUCCUACACAUGAUGCCCGCCCACCUGGGCUGCCUCGCCCCAGCCCCAGCUGCCCUGGCGUGGCCACGUGGCUUUGCCCAGCCUGCUGCAACCUGAGAGAGCAAGGAAGAGAAAUUCUACGGAUGACUUUCCCCCGCAGAAAGCAAAGUUUGGGGAGGGCUGACGAUUUUGUAGAACACAACCGUGACAAUUUUUUUUUAAAGAAUAGAAGGCAGGAGGGGGAAUUCGACAUUGUUGAAGACAUAAUUUAUACCGAGUUAUACCAGUUGGGGAGGGAAGGACUAAAAAUAAUAUCACAGGAAGGGCUGGGUUGGGUUUUUUGUUGUUUUUUUUUUCUCCUGAACUGGAAGGAUACUACCUGUACAACAUCUGUGGACACCUCAUGCUCUGUUCAGGGCUGUCACAAAGGAACCGCCAGGGAGAAGCAGCCGGCUCUCAAAGCUCCCACACAGCUCUCCCGCUGCUGGCCACUCGCUGGCAAUGCGAUGGAAGGUUUUCAGGCUCCUCACAAAGGAGAGAGGGAAGAAAAGAUCUUUUGCCCUGGAGAUACGGACCUGAAAUCUCUCCCCUGGCUCAUUCCAUACCAUUUCCCUUGCAGAUUUGCAGAAACAUGGCGUCUUUCACUGCAUUCUUUGAACAAUCAUGUAGUUGAUUAAAAAACAAACAAACUUGUUUUUCCCUAGGCUGAAGCCCUCUUCAGUUCCAUGCACCACGCUCUCCUGUAGAAGCCCCCGCGGAAGCCGUAGCUUUCCCCGCCACCUGGAGGUGCAUCUGUCUGCCUGUCUAUCCCUGUCGCAGUGUCUCUAAGUACAGAUGGGUAGACAGAGCCACAUGCACGGUCCUUACCGUUCUCCUUGGGUCAGUUCUUACCAUUUCCUGAGACAAUAGAAUUGCGAAAGUGUUGCUUUCUCCU